CAGAUCCGGAGGUCCACAGACAGCGGCGGCGUGCAGAGUGCAGCGUGCAGACUGGCCACUGACGCUGCCGUUGGAUUGAACACACAUGCACACACACCCCUGAGGAGUGUAUGAGACAUGCCCAGGCUGCUGCCCAUGGACACACACACACUGGCAGGGCACCAGAGAGGAAAUACAGCAGACCCCCGAGCCUGAGGAGCUAUGGAGAGCAGCAUGUUCUUUGGUAACACAUGUCAGAAUGGCCUCAUGCCCGCCCUGGUGCGUCCCACCCUGCCUGCCGUCCAGACCUCGCUGGGCAUGAAGCAGUUUCUCCCGUUUCCAUUGGAUACAGCCUCAGCGGUCCGCCUCUUCCCAGGAUUCAACACGAUGGACCCGGUUCAGAAAGCUGUCCUCCAUCACACCCUCGGCCUCCCGCCCACUGCAAAGAGGAAGCACGUCUCCUGCAGCGUUUGCCAGCUGAGGUUCAACUCACAGAGCCAGGCCAUGGCCCACUACAAGGGGACCAAACAUGCCAAGAAGCUAAAAGCCCUGGACGCUCCGAAGAGUAAGCUCAAAGGCUCAGCGGUCACCAAGGAAACCGCCAACCAAGAUAUCGCCAAGGGCAUCAACACGUCGCAGGUUCCCAACGGCGCCGACAGGAAAGAUGUCGUUCCUGGAGCGUCCCCCCUACCGCUGUCCCCUGUGCUCAGACUGGCACAACCCCUGGCAUCUUUGAUGACCCUCACGCCGCCAACGCCGCCACCUGUGGCCUCGCCGAGCACCACGGCGGCCACAGCCCCAGAGACUACCUCAGCUGCCGGAGGGGACGAGAGGCCGUCAGAGCUCAGCUCACCCACGCAGACCCCAGACCUGGAGCCCGAGGCCGAACCCGAGACGGAAAACGACGCUGAAACGGAGGAGGAAAAAGCUCGCCGUCUUCUAUACUGCUCGCUGUGCAAAGUGGCGGUGAACUCUGCGUCGCAGCUGGAGGCCCACAACAGCGGUACGAAGCACAAGACGAUGCUCGAGGCCAGGACCGGCGUGGGCUCCAUCAAGUCUUUCCCCCGGCCGGGAGUCAAAAGCAAACUGGCCACAUCCGCCAAAUCAGCGACGGGCCUGCAGAACAAAACGUUUUACUGUGAGACGUGUGAUGUGCACGUCAACUCAGAGACUCAGCUAAAACAGCACAUCAGCAGCCGGCGCCAUAAAGACCGAGCAGCAGGUAAACCAGCCAAACCUAAAUACAGCCCCUACAGCAAACCGCAGAAAGGCCAGAGCAAGCAGCCGAUCAAGUUGUCCCUGGGGAAGGAGCGUCAGUGUCAGCCUCUGACGGCACAGAUCAUACCUGCUCACCUGGCGGCAGUGGCAGCCGCCAUCGGCAACUCUUUCACACACCGCACGAACCACGCCACCAACCACGCCCCGACCCCCGCCCUCUUCCAGACACAGACCCUCCCCGCUGCACUGCUCCGCCCGGCCCCUGGGCCUGUCAGGACCUCCCACCCACAAGUCCUAUUUGCCCCUUAUUGACCUCCUGUCAAGAACCGAACCGUGCGCUUCAACCCAGACCAGGCCGAGGAGUCGUCUGUGCUCCUCUUAUGCAUCCGAGACCCUGAACAUCUUCAUACUGUGAUCGGACCUUUACCACGUCUCACCGCUCCUCAUAUGGAUUACCCCACAUCUAAAGCUAAACCGGACUGCAGCGAAGCACUGGGGGCUCUCUCUCAAUCGAUCUGUUUCUCUGUUCCCACUGAACACCCGGGCUACAGCGUGCAUGCUCUCUGUGCCAUGCUGCAGCCCGCGGAUCACACCCGGACCCCGGACUCGGACCUACAUUGUACCGCAAUAAUGUAUAAGACUAACCCCGUGAACUAUGCAGUGUCAUUAUCUCAUGAUGCAAGGCGCAGUGUGAGCUAAAAAUACAGUAGGGAUAUGCUUUGUGUAAAGAUACAGCGUGGAACUAAGAUCAUUGCUUUAGUGGAGGAUUACUGUCGCUCAUCACUUAAAAGGCUGUUACUGAUCAUGAGAGCGAGCGAGCGAGGCCCUCCUCUGUUCCUGUAUGCACUUUAAAGCCCCUCCUUUGUUGACGUCUACAUUAGAUGGCUAGACCGUGUUAGAUUCGUUAGAGUACGUGUCGUAAUGUGCGUUUUUUGUAUUCGUCCUUGCAUAUCUGUGUGUGUGCGCGCAAGUGCGUACAUCUGCAUGUGUGCGUGUGCUUGUCCGUGUAUGUAUGAGUGUGCGUUGGUUGUGUGUGUGCGUGCAUAUGUGUGUGUGUGUGUGUGAUCUUCCCAUCCACCAUAAGCCAUCCUAGUUGAUAUUCAGCACACAUCGUCACUGACCAUGUCUCGGGCCAGAGGGACCACAAAGGCUUGUGUAUAUUAACUGUCAGUGUGUAAAAGGUGAACAAUUUCAAAUAAAAAGAGUCCUAAUUUGUUACUGCUGGCGGUCCCUUGUUGUUCACUGGGUGCCAUUGACUACAGUAAGUGCAUUAUGUUGUAAGCUACCAGCAGGAUGUCAGAUUUAAUAACACUGGUGAGUCGCAAGAUGA